GUCUCCACGGCAACGAGGACGCCGCCACGGGGACGCUGCUGUACGGGUGGUAUAGCUGGGAGUUAUCAGUAGGUCAGCGGGGCGGCGGCAAACAUGAGCGUGGCGGAGCAGGGCGGCAUGAGUGAUGAUGGACUGCUGCAGUUGGAGGAGCCGCUCAGGGUGGCUGACGACGGCACCCUAGAAUCCGCGGAGCCCCAAGACGUAAUGGUGGAGGAAACGGAGGAUGAUCUUCAAAUAAUCACAGCUGCUUUAGAUCUUGAUGGCGAGGAAGAGGAAGAAGAACAAGAGGAAACAGAGAGGGAGCGAGGGGAGAAAAUAAUUGAUGUUUUAAUUCCACCGAGUGUUUGGGAAGAAGAGGAUGAGACGGAAACUGUGAGAUGGAUCCAGAGGGUGUCUCGCGAGCCACCAACAAGGACAGGCGUGAUUCAGCUGUGGGAGCAACUGGACCUGAAGAUCAAGGAGCAACAAGCGAGGCCCAGGGGGAUCUGCGCCAUCAGGAGGUCUCUCUACCGCCAGUGUUUCGAUGAGCUUAUUCGUCAGGUAACUCUUGACUGCCCCGAAAGAGGUCUCCUGCUGUCCAGAGUGAGAGACGAAGCUAGCAUGACCAUGGCAGCCUUCCUGUCACUAUUCAUCAGCGCUUCCCACUUUGGCUCAUCCAAGGCUACACAGGCUGAGGCAGGGAAGUGGGAGCUGGAGGGGGAACUGCAGGCCCUGGAGGAGGAGGUGGCAGGGCUGCAGGCAGAGGUCAGGAGGUUGGAGGCAUGGAAGAGACAGGUUGGUCGUAGGUGGGAGGAGCGACGUGAAGUGCAGGUGGCACUGUUCUCUGAGGAGCUUGAGUGCCUGGAGAGAUCAGAGAAGCAGUACCAGGUCCUCAUUGAAACUCUCCUGGCAAGCAGAAACCCAUAACUCUCUCUCUCUCUCUCUCUCUCUCAUUAUAGACAUAAUCUUAGAGUAUCACUUAGAUAGCCAAAUAUGAACAGGUCUCUAAAACUACUUAAGCUUUGAUGUGCUGUGUGUAAUGAGGAAACUGAACACACUGGAAAAUAAACAGCUUUUACUGUGCCCUUGUGUUUGUGGCAAUGAUUGUAUUUGUAUGUUUUGUCAAUAAAAUAAUAAUAAGAAUAA